AUGGACCCAUCGCCACUGGAUUUGGAUCCGGCACUGCGUAAAGUGCUUUCUCAGCUUGCAACUGAUGUUACUCAACGCGUGCAUUGUUGUUGUGACGAUUGUCCACCGAGAGCAAAAGGUGGAUGGCGGUCACCGCUUCUUUUUGAGCACAUUAUCAACAGACAUGAAAAGAGUGUACCGAAAAACUGGAAAUGCACAUAUGAGCCAUGCCGUGGCACUUUUUUCAACACUCUUGAUGCCAUCUCGCACAAACAUGACCGAGGAAAGUCUUAUAUUCAACCCUACUAUGCCCAAGAAACAUUUUUGAGGGAUACAAAGGCCACCAGUAACCAGGAUUUUAAUGAAAAGCAAACAGCCUGGGAGAAACCGUGGUUUAUUUACAAUGAAACGAUGCUGAUCAACUCCGUCGACAAGUUGAUUCGAGAUGGGUACUUGUUGCCAGGACCACGGCUGUUUCAGCAAAACGAACGUACCGGCAGCAGCGCCAAUUCCAAUGCCAUUACUGAAAACCCAUCAACAUUGGGUGUCUCAUACUCUCGGCGGCGCCCACCAUCUCCACAACAGAAUCGAGAACCACCGCGGACAUUACCAGCGCCGGCGCCACUUCCAAAGUCAGCAGUCAGAAAUGAGAGAUCCUCUACCGGCUCGAACUUUCAAUCUUCACCAGAAAGCGUUUUCAAGACAAAACAACAAGAAACUUCUCCAAAGGUCAUGGAUGAACUAGAACGACGAGCGUACAUUAGACAAUUGAAGGAAGCUGAAUCGGCGAAGCAAUCGACGGGAAAAUCGGGUGAGGGAUCUGCACAACCGUCUACACCAAGACGGGGAACGGGCACUAUUCGGGUACCCCCGAUUCGUCCAAGGGAGCGCGGCGAAUCUCCCCCAAUGGCCGGAUCGACGACUCCUCGCGAUCGACCACAUCUUUCUCCUCGAGGAGGAACUUCACCGGGAUAUCAGCCAAACACCCCUAUGUAUGAAGGCGAAGACGAGGAGCCAGUGUUUAAGCCAAGUUGGGAAAGGAACCAAAACCAGAAUCCUGAUGUGGGGAUGCCAAUGACGCCAAUCUCUAGAGAUCCACGACUAGCCCUCGAGCAAUAUUCAACUCCAGCAGAGCCACAACGAUCUAAUGACUCAAAUCAGUACAUCGAACGCCACGGGGAAAUGAAUCAAAGAGAGAAUUUCAAUGAAAGAAGAUCCAUCUCGAGAAAUUCGGAGGAAAGACCCUCUAAUCAAAGUUCAAAUGAUCGUUCACAUCACUCAGAUCAAAGGGAUAAUCGAGGAAAUCGAGAUCCUCAGCAAGGCUACCAACAAAACGGUCAACAAAAACAGUCGAGAUGGGAGCACAGAAAUGGUAGACAAGACGAGCCAGCACAGCGAGCUCCACAACAAGGCGGAUACCAACAAAAUGGUCAUAAUCAGCACUGGGAAAAACGGGGAAAUAAUUGGAACCGAUUUGGUCAUGGAAACGAGCGCCCGGGUUCAAGAGGAGAGUACACUCCAUAUAACCGACGAAAUGAAGGCCAAUUCCAUCAAUCUUCGUCCUCGUACAGCGGCAAUCGAGCACUGGAGUCGGCAUCGAGACAAUCGAAACGACCUCGAACUCCAUCACCACCGCAGCGAGCCGAUUCACUAGAAAGAGGCCGAAGCUUGCAGAGGGGAAAAAUUGUGGAAGCGAAGAGGAAGCGCUCGUAUUCGAGGAGUGAUUCGGAU